GACUUUACGACGCGCAUGUCAACGUCAAGGCAAAGCAAGACCCACCAAAAUCAAACAAAAUGGCCGCCGUGUUACUUAGCUGUUUAGCUUACAUUAUUAUUGGAAUGUAAUGAUUAUGCCGUAUGCUGUAAUUCGCGUUUUCGAAUUAGAUCACUUAUAAUAAACUGUACAAGUUUAUUUGCGUUAGAAAUUAUAAAAGUACAUAACGAUGGCUUGGCCUAUGCCAACUGCUGGUCAAUGGAAUUCUGGCUUAGCCAUUGCUCCUGAUAUGACUAUGGCUAAUAUGGGGUCUUAUACUGCUGAACAAUGGGCAGCACUGCAACACCAAAAUUGGCAACAGUGGGCACAGUGGCAGCAGCAAUAUGCGCAGUGGCAAAAUCAGUAUGGAGAUAAGUAUUCAGAACAAAUGCAAGCUAUCCAAUCAAUGGGUGGCUUGCCGCCACUGCCGCCGGCGACAGCUGCUCCGCCGCCUGCUCCACCUCCGCCGGAUCAGCCGCCCCCGCCACCGCACGAGAACAAUCAACCACUGUAUGGACACACCCAAACUCAAGCAGCACCUGUAACCACUCAACCGGCAAACCAGCAUCGGAAUAACAACUCUGGCAAUCUCACUAAUGUAAACACACAUCCACAAGCAGGUAAUAAUACUAAUUGGCCCUAUGCCCAAGAGUCAGCUAAACCUUCACAAUCAGCACCACCUGCACAAAGUUCUGUUAAUGCAGAGGCUCUGAAGAAACUUGCUGAAGAAGAGAGACUUUUUGAUAUCCAGUUUCAAAAAUGGGAACAGGAAAUUGAGAAAUGGAAGAAAGAAAAUGUAAAUCACCCUGACAAACAGGCUUAUAAGGAAUAUGAACAAAAAUUUGAAACUUGCCGCAAUCAACUGAUGGAACGUCGGCAGCAGAUGAAACAAAAGAGGGCCCGUUUACUAAAUAAUCCACCACCUCCACCCCAAUCUAGUACCUCAACUCCAACAAGUAAUGUGCCAACAACAGCUCCACCUAAUUUAAAUAACAUGAAUAAAAAUAACUUUUCCAAUAAACGGACACAGAACUAUGCUAGUAAUUUGGGUCAAAGUUAUGCUGAUGGUAAUAAUUCUCAGUACCAGCAACAGCAAUAUAAUAUGCCUAAAGGUGCAUAUAAUCGAAAUAAUAAUAAAAACAUUGAUCCACAAGACAGAUAUGAAUCAUAUCAGAACAUGAGUGAUAAUACUUAUGCUUCAAAUGACAAUUUUAGUCCCAUGGACCCUAGUUUUCUACCUACAAGUAGUUUAAACAAGGGAAUACCUGGUUUGGAUUUAGUACCUGAGGCUGAUAAAACAUAUGUGGCAAAUAAUAAACAAGAUGUGAUUGACAUAACUCAAGACCAACCAGGAAAUCAGAUGCAAUCAAAGGGACCGGAUUAUACAACAAUAUCUAAAGGAAUUAAUAAUAUUCUAGGAGAUGAGAAAAUAAUGAAUAUACUAUCUAUGGUUCACAAAUCUGCUCAAGAUCAAACAAUUUUGCAACCUGCAAACACUGUAAAUGUGAAUCCAGAUAAUUAUAAUAUGAAGAAUAAUAUGAACACUAAUGCUCAUUUUGGUCAGGGAAAUAGGGCUCAGGAUUAUAAUAAUCAACAUUUCAACAGACAAGGAACAAAUAAUUACCCUGUGCAGCAAAGUCAGGAAAUUAAUUAUAAAUAUCCUCCACAGAACAGAGGGAAUGAUGUAAUGACACAAGAGCAGUUUAACUAUGAUCACAAUGAUCAGUACAGUUCUAAUAAUUUGGGUCCACAAUAUGAUAAUGGAUCUGCUAGGCCAGGCCCACUAAUAAGGCCAAAUGUGCCUCCCUCCAGGGCUCCAAUAAGGCCUCUGAUGCAAGAAAUUAUCCCUAGUCAUGUCAAUGUUAAUGAGUUUAGUCGAGCCCCUCAUGAUAGACAACCUUUACUUGAAAACAACAUUAACCCUGUACCAAAACAACCAAUUCGUCCACAAUGGAUUGAUGAACCAAUGUUUACUCCAUCUUUAAUUGUCGAAUAUGAGCACAAGCCACUAAGAUUAAAAGCUCGAGAUUUUAUUGAGCCAGUUCACAUGUUUGAUUAUAAUCACAUAUCAAAGGAUGGUGAGGUAAAGAAGAAAGAUUUUGAAAGAGAAGCUGAUGAAUUAUUUUCGAGAAAAUCGAGAAGACCUGACAAGGAAAUAGAUUACAGUGGGCAUAGGUAUAGUGCAGACUAUUAUUCACGGGACUAUGAAAGAAGGGCACCAAGAGAAGAAUUGCGAGAUGAUUAUCGUCCAAGACUUCCACCAAGAGAUGAUUAUGACGAUAGGCGGAGGCCUGAAUUUAGACAUGAUGACCGCAGGAGAGAUGACCGUGAUAAAUACAGCCGACGCGAUGAUUUACAUAGAGACCGCGAGAGGGACUUACACAGAGAGCGCGACCGCGUCCACCGCCGGGAAGACAUCGGUCAUCGCGGUAGAAGUCAUGAGAGAGAUGCUCGCAAAAGAGGAUUAAGUAGAGAUAGUGAUGUAAGCAAUAACUCUCUAUCCAAAAAGCCUAGAGACAAGGCUGACACUAGAUCACAUGCUCCAGGAAAUCAUAUUGUUAUGAUCGAUGACUUAUUGGAGUCCCCAGGACGAAGUAUGAGACCAGAAAAAAUUGUGAUAAUCUUAAGAGGUCCACCAGGCAGUGGAAAAUCUUACUUAGCAAAGUUGAUUCGCGACAGGGAAGCCGAGUAUGGUGGCACUGUCAGGAUAAUGUCUAUUGAUGACUACUUUAUGCAAGAGGGUGAAGUUGAAGAAAGGGAUCCUGUCACUGGCAAGAUGGUUAAAAAGCCAACACUGAAAUACGAAUAUGAUCCAAGCAAUGAAGAGUCAUAUUUAAAUUCCUUAAAAAGAGCAUUUAAACGAAGUUUGAAUGAUGGGUAUUUUACAUUUUUAAUUUAUGAUGCAGUAAACGAUCAAGCAAGGUAUUAUGCAGAUGUAUGGAACCAUGCUAGGCAACUCGGUUUCCAAGUGUAUGUAUGUACCAUGGAGCUUGAUUCGCAAGUUUGUUUCAAGAGAAACAUUCACAAUAGGAAAUUAGAGGACAUUGAAGUGAUAUGCACAAGCUUCUGUAAAACGCCUUCACAUCACAUACAGCUGGAUGCUACAACAUUACUUCAGAGUGCAGCCAUAACUGAAGUGCAGAUGGAAGAUGCCAACGACGAAGUUGUUAUGGAGGAUGCCCAAGAACCUGAGGUCGAAAGCGUUUUCUCAUCCAAGUGGGAGAAAAUGGACGACGCUGCGCAACUAGCCCGGCUCGACGGCACCAGCAAGCCUCUCCGGCCCUCACAACUCUCCAUGGAAGACUACCUGCAACUAGAUGACUGGAAGCCAAGCAAAGCUACUCCUGGCAAAAAAUCUGUAAAAGAUCUUGGGUAAGACAGAACAUCUCGAAGGGUAAGUGACUUGAUUUACAAAUGUAAUGCUAAAAAUGUUUUCGUAUAAAGACUCAUAUUUUAAUAAUCUACUUUUUUGCAUAAUCAUGAAAAAAGUCAUACAAAGCCCUUAACUCUCCUAUAACUGAUGUAUCAAAUGAAAGUUUAAGGAAAUAACACUACUAGAAAACCGAAAAUUACCUCUGUAGGUACAUUGUACCUUACGUUUUAUAUAGGUCUUACCGGUCUUAAAUUUGUCUCCUUUCAUUCCAUUGACCAAAACAGAUUCAUUCAAUCUAUACACACAUUAAAAAAAGACUGCAAACGGGUAAUAUGAAUUAUGUAUUAACACAACAAAUCAUUGAAGUAAGUAUGUUAGGCCUGCAUCAAUCAGUUGAAAUCAGGUCCAAUAUUGAAGUUCCCAUCCAAUAGCUUUUGUCUUAUCAGUUACCUUUCUCAGUAAAGUUGAUGUGUCUCGUGGAAACUGAAGCGAGUAACGCCUCGUUUCAAUGAGCUACAUUCUCUGGCUUCUCACGCAUGUCUUAAGUACUUAAUCACACAGCGAUCACUUAAGUGCUUGGACCUAGUAAAGUCAUAUCUAAUUUAAUUUUCUUCAACUGCCAGGUGUGGAUAUCACCCUCAUUUCCUUUACUGGAUCAACUAGCUACCGUUUCAACAACGGCUUCUUAAUAUGCUCAUUUUAGUUGCUUAAUAUUUUGUUGUGGUUGCACAUCAUUGUCCUUCGCUGUCGCUUCCACUACACUCUUACAAUAAACGUUCAUAAAUCCAAUGUAAGAUGAACUGCUAAAGGAUGCGUGUUACGUAAUGUAUUCUACAAAAUCUGAAUAAGAAUUCUCUUUUUAAUUGCUAUGAUAACUCAGUACUAUAGAAAAGGUUUUCAAAUUUAACUUAUUAAUUUAUGGCACGCAAUCCUGACAAAUUAUUACAUGGUUAAAAAAAUACCGAUGUGAAACAAUUCAAUUAUUAAAAUCGGACUCAUGCCAUAUUCGAAAUUACUUCGAAAACCCCAUUUUAACGUCCACUACGUUACCCAAUGUGGUGAUGGUAGCUUUUGAGAAUGUUUUAGCCCUAAGUGGUAGGUAUCGUUAACACAAUUUAAUCUGAUCAGUACAGUGUUACCGUGUUUAAUUUUGCAUGAAAUGUAUGAAUAUCUCAAGUUCAACAUGUUGAAUGUUGUCAGCUAAGUCAAAAUUAAAACGAUCAAAUAUUAUUAACGGAUCCUCUACACCUUUCAAGGUAAAGCUUACUGUGGUUAAUAUUUUAUCCUGUUGCAUAAAUCACGUUUUUUAGAUUAAAUAAUGUAUUUUUCUUACCUUCAUGUGUUAACAGUUUCUCUUUUACAGAUAGUUGCUGAAAAUUCAUUUCGGAAAGUAAUCGGUAAACAAGAUGAUUUUGAAUUAUUGAUGUGCGAUUUGUAUUAAGUUUUUAAACGUGUCGAUUGAAGUAAGUAUUAGAUGUUAACGCGUUGUUUUAUUUAUGCAUCCGCUAUGGUUACGGUGUAUUUGAUCUGAAUGUUUGUGCAGUGCGUUUGUAGAAUAGUGGGACAACACGCUGUGCUUGUGAGUAUCAUGUUUAUUUGUACGAGGAGAAAUAAAUGAUGUUUUAAUA